GUCAGUGACCACGCCGGAACUAGGCGGCAUGGCGCCCCGGUCACUAAGCCACGUGAUGGCAUUCACCUCGCCCCGGACGUGACAAAAUGACAAAGACACUAUGUCAUCCUUGAAGCAUUGGGUUCUGGAAGCUUAAUAUAUGACGCAAAGCCGAUGCACAUAUACAGUUUUCUCCUGCAGCGGAUCUUGGUUCUCGUCUGCACUUCAGUUAGAACAAGAACCAAACCGACAGACGUGAAGUAUUGAUACCUUGACCUCCUUCCGGAGUGUCCGACACAAUGUCCAAACAUCCUUCCCAAGGUCUCUUCCUUACAACGUCAAUGAGCACGACAGUUGGGGGUAGCACUAGCCAUUCUAUCCUCCAAACUGGCAUGGGUUUCCAGCAGCUCUCACUGGGAGCUCUUCCGGAGCUGGGCAUAUCCUUCGUUCGAGUCCAAUGGGUCGAUCUUACCAAUACGGUCCGGUAUCGCGUUCUCCCCCUCUCAUACUUCUAUAGGCGCUUACAAUCCAAACAACCCGGACUGACUGUUGCCAAGUCUGUCAUGGGUGUCGUGUUUGACUCCACCGUGGAGGGUUUCGGUCCCGUUGGGGAAUAUAUCUACGCCGUAGAUUUGACAUCGUUAAGGGUGUGUCCAUAUGCUCCUGGUAACGCGUCUGUGUUUGGAUUCUUCCAAGUGAAGGCCAAUAUCGGAAAAGAGGUAGACGUGCCAGUGUGUCCAAGAACAAUUCUGCAAGGGAUCGUCCGGGAGGCUGAAGCAACCUUGCACACCAAGUUCUUUGUCGGCACGGAGACUGAGUUUAUACUCCUCAAGUCUGCAGUGCCACCUGUCCCAGUGAAUAGCCAAGGGUGGUGUGCAUCCGGUGCGCUAAUGACUGGUGCGGUAGAGACGCAGGUCAUGGAAGAAAUUGCGCAGGCUCUUAUUGAUGCUGGGAUCGAGCUGCAACUGUUCCACUCAGAGGCGGUAAAUGGUCAGUACGAGGUGGUCACCGGGCCCCUCCCACCGCUAGAGGCAGCCGACGUAUUGGUGCAUACACGGGAAACCAUCUAUAACAUCGCACACAAGCACGGACUACGCGCAACGCUUGCCCCGCGCUUGCGCAAGAAUAGGUAUGGGACCGGAGCACACGUACACAUCUCCGUACAGAAAGUGGCAGGGUCUCCCCCUUCCCCGGUCUGGUCUACAAAGCCCCCUCUCACCAGAGUGGAAGCCCAAUUCCUCGCCGGUCUCCUAGAACACUUACCUGCGGUAUCGGCAUUAACAUUGCCCCUUCCACAGUCAUAUUGUAGAAUGAUUGAUGGAAUGCAUGCUGGUGGGACGUGGGUGUGUUGGGGGAUCGAUAAUCGGGAGGCACCGAUCCGUCUCACAAACGAAGCCUGGCCGGAGUCAAAGAAUUUUGAGAUUAAGACUGUCGAUGGGACCUCUAACCCUUACCUCGUUCUGGCAGGUCUGCUGGCUGCAGGUGUGAUCGGAAUUCGAGACCAACUUAAUUUAGUCCACGAGAAUUGCGGAGAUGAGAAGACAGCGGCGGAGAUGACGAAAGAGGAGAGAGAGUCCAAGGGCAUUCAUAAGAGAUUGCCAUUGGACAUUGAGAUGGCGAGGAAAUACCUUCUGGAGGAUGAGAAACUGAAACAACUUCUGGGGGAGGAAGCGGUGCAGGUUUUUGUGCGUGUGAAUGAGGCUCUUGGAAAGGCGAUCAAUCGCGAUGGAGAAACCGAAGACACGAGUGAAACACGUCUCAUCGAAACAUACUGA